AUGAAUAAUAUUAUUUGCAAAGCUGUUUUUUCUACUCAUAAUAAAGUUAAACUUAAUAUUCAUGGCUAUCUUAUGGUUAAAAAUAAAAAUAGAGGAAAUUUAUAUUAUUGGUAUUGUGAAAAACAAAACUUAUUAAAAAGCUAUGGAAGAGCUACUACUAAAUUGAUUGAAGAUCAGCAUUAUCUUCAAAAAACUUCAGAUCAUAACCAUGUUGCUGAUGCCAGUCGUGUUAAUCCAACAUCUUUGGAAAAUCUUACCAUUCCUGAAAAUAUAUGA